AUUUCGUAUCUUCUGAUAUUUUCAUUCAACCAGUCACUGUAAGACAAUAGAUUCCACUCUUCCUUUGAGUGGUAAAAGUCUUUCUUUUUAACUGAUUGUGUAUAAAGAUGGCCGCAGGUGGUGUCCCAUUGGAGUCUCUUGACAAGGAUCAACUCAAAACUUUUUCCGAUUUCCUUCAGUCGUAUAAUAAGUUAUCAGAAAUAUGUUUCAUGGAUUGUGUCAAUGAUUUUACGUCCCGCGACAUUCGCAAAAACGAGGACUUGUGUGCAUUGAAUUGUAUGGAAAAAUACUUGAAGAUGAACCAACGUAUAUCGCAACGGUUUCAAGAAUUCCAGAUGAUUGCCAAUGAAAACGCUAUGGCAAUGGUACAGAAACCUGGCAAAUCAUAAUAACAGUGCAAAAGAAACAAGAAAGAAAAACGAUUCGUAGAAUAUUAUUAUUUAGACAUAAUAAACAUCGUUUUAUUUUAUUACUUUAAGUGCAAACAAAUAAUAGUUAUCACAAUAGAUGGAUUAGCAUUAGUUUUCUCUAUACUAUUGCUUUCUAAAUAAAAUGAAUUCGAAAAUGAAGUUAAUAAUAUAUUCAAUUUAAUGAAGCA